AUGUACUUCCACGUACCUCUUAUUCUCUUCCUGCUCGCCAGCGCCGCCCCGUCCGAGGCCAACAUCUUCGCGCGAGGCUCGGAGCACAUCCUCCGCAGUAUUGACUCUGCCCACCGACAUGCGGUGAAGCGCAGCUCCAAUCUGGCUCGCGACUUGCGACGCGCAUUCUCGCCGAUCCUAGUGUCACAGGACAGUAGCUCGCAAAGUGUCUACUGCGUGACGGGAGAUGGCCUCGCGGAGAGUGGCGGCGGGUCGUCUGGGUCUGGGUCGUCUGGGGGCUCCGGUAGCAGCGGAAGCGCGUCCGCGAAGGCAUCGGGUACCGCGUCAGCGUCCGCACCUACUGCGAGCAGUUCGGGUACCGCGUCGUCAUCGCCGUGGAAGUUGAAGCAGAGCUACGAGGGCAACUCGUUCUUCAGCGGCUGGACAUUCUGGACCGAAUCCGAUCCCACUGAUGGCAAUGUGCAAUACGUCGAUUCCGGUACUGCUUCAUCGGGGAACCUGACAGGUAUCAACAGCGCAGGAAACGCAUACAUGCGUGUCGACACGACGCAGACCGUGUCGGGCAACCGCAAGAGCGUGCGUAUCACGACCGACUACACGUUCUCCGGCGGUCUGGUUAUUCUUGACGCCGUACAUGUGCCUACUGGCUGUGGCACCUGGCCCGCCUUUUGGUCUGACGGCCCCAACUGGCCGAACGGUGGCGAGAUCGACAUCGUUGAGGGCGUGAACACCCUGACUAUCAACCAGGCCUCCAUCCACACCUCUCACGGCUGCAAUCUCCCGUCAGGGGACAGCAGCACGUUGGGCAUCAGCGGAACCGUCGUGGGUGGCACCAAUUGCGCUGCCGCUGAGACAGGCGAUGCUGGCUGCGGUGUGCAGUCGAGUAGCACCAAUUCAUUUGGUGCCGGCUUCAACUCCAUCGGCGGAGGUGUCUACACAAUGCAAUGGACGAACGAUGGCAUCAAGGUCUGGUUCUUCCCGCGCUCCUCCAUCCCAUCGGACAUCUCAAGUGGCUCUCCUGACUCUUCGAAAUGGGGGACGCCACUGUCAUUCUGGCCGAGCACGGACUGCAACAUGUCGACGUACUUCUACGACCACCAGGCGAUCUUCGACACAACGCUCUGCGGUCAAUGGGCAGGUACUGCCUGGGGUGCGACUGGUACCGGUCAGAGCCAGAGCUGUGCGACGACGACCGGCGUGUCCACUUGCGCCGACUAUGUUGCGAACCACGGCGACGGCUUUGCGGAUGCCUACUGGGAGGUGAAGAGCGUCAAGAUCUACCAGGAAAGCUGA